AUGAACAGGCAUGCGCCCCCACAACCCCCGCCGCCCCAAGCAGCAGCCCUACAACCCCCGCCGCCUCAAACAACAGCCCCACAACCCCCGCCGCUCCAAACAACAGCCCCACAACCCCCGCCGCCCCAAACAACAGUCCCACAACCCCCACCGCCGGUAACAGGUGAGCGAGUACCAACCACAACGAGUACAACAGCAGCACCAACAUUACCAGCGGGCGCACCAGAUGGACAAACAACUUUUAAUCCCACCGAUCUAAUAUUUGGUGACGAACCGAUUGUUGAAGAUGGCUGUCCAGUGUUGCAAUUAAGAAACGGUGAACUUGGCUGUACAUCAGGAAACGCUACAGGGUCUUCGUGUAUGUUUGAAUGCUUUGAGGACGAGGGUUACGUUCCGUAUCCAAGCACGUCAUUCGAAACUAGAUGUGACGGAACAGAGUGGAGUAAACCACUGCCAUGCUGCGCACGUAUCCACCUCCCCAACAGUGCAAUCCAUAUAACUAAGCAAUUGAUUUCAGGCACUUGUCCUCCUUACGCAAGAACCGACGUCAUUAUUUUGCUCGGUAUAACAUCUCCGACAAAUUGGCGCAGUGUCAGUGAGUUUGUUCAAGCAAUAACGAGUUCUUUCACUAUUUCCAACGAGCAAGUGAACUUUGGGAUCGUACGUUAUCACAGCUCCGUUGAUACUGCUUCUCAAAUUCUACUCCGUUAUUAUCCUAACCAUCCUGACCAAAUACUUUUCGCAAUCGCACGAAUCCCGUUUGGAAACGGAGGAUCAAGGGCAGGGAAAGCAAUGGGCUAUACAAGCAAUGCAAUGUUGGUGGAAGCUAACGGAAAUCGACCAGACGCCCCAAACAUCGUGUUGCUUAUAACAGAUACAAUGUCACAGGAUAGUUUUACCUCAGAAGCAGCACGACUUAGAUCCCAAACCGAAAAGGUUUGCUAUAUAGUUUGUAUACUGUGAAGCGCUUGAACAAGUCCUUUAUAGAAGUUAACCGU